UGACAUUAUGAUAUGGAUCUGUAGCAAGGCUUAUGUUUUCUUACACGAACUAAUCUUGCAAUUAUAGGAGAGAGAGAGACACAGAGGAGGGUUAGGUCUGAGAUCAAUGGAAGAAGAAUGGAGGAGUGAUUUGCUGUUACUGUUUGAUGCUAAAACUGGACGGAAACCCCUUCAUUCUACUGCUGCUUCCCUCGGCCGCCUCUGCUGCACAAAAAAUUAGAGACAGAGAGUCUCUUUGUGCUCCACCUCUAUCCUGUAGCUGUAGUUGAUGAUGUGCUUUUUACGUCUAUCUUUCGCUUUGCUUGCAAUUGCAAACUCCUGAAUUCAGUAGCGUCGGUCGUUUCUUCUUUUUUGUUUUUACAUUUCAGGGCCUGCUACACGAUCCCCAUUUUGUAGAUUGAUUAACAGGAGCUUCUGCUGUUUGCCUGUUUUAUGGCUUGGCCUUUUGUUCAUUUGCCACAUCUGUAUUUGCUUUUCCAGGCGAAGAAUCUAUCAAGAUUCAUCACUUGGUUUAUAACUGACCCUAGGAAGAGAGCUGCUUAUCUUUGAUGGACCAGAAUUUGUAGCUUCAGACGUCUUCUCUGUAAUAAACCAUGGAUUCGCACAGUAACUCUCAUACCGAAUCUGGAAAAUUGGAACAAAUUAUUUCCCAGUUCCUGUUGAAGAGCUUGCAUAUUAUUUUGGACUCUAGAAUUCCCUCUCUUCACCCACAUGAUCGUAAUGAUGACUUUCAAUCCGGUUCUCGGGUGAGAAAGAGUGACAGAUGGUUCAAUUUAGUUCUAGGAGAUCGUCCUGCUGCAUUAGAUAACUUGAAUUUUUGGCAAAGAAAUGUAAUGGACCCAAUGAUAAUUGACAUAAUACUUGUUCGUGAGGGGACUACUUCUUCUUUAGUGGACAAUCUAUACUCUUCUGUGGCUGAGAGGAGACCCAUUGAGACAGUAAUAGAGAGGUGGGUAGUUCAGUAUAAGACCCAGCGGGUUAUGUCUCCACAAACAGGGGAAAGUUCUGCCUCUUACAAGAAGAUAUAUAAGAAGUCAAUCAUACUUCUACGUUCUCUUUAUUCGCAAAUGAGGCUUCUCCCAGCUUAUCGGAUCUUUCGGCAGCUAAGCUCAUAUAGUCAGACUUAUAAUUUUGAUAUCAUAUACAAGGUUUCUUCAUUUUGUGAACCAUUUUCUAGGUCAGAGGAGGAAAUGAUGAAAGAAUAUAGUUUUAUGCCUGUAGAGGCCCUUUUUGGCCAUCUUUCUUUAUCAGUGAAUUAUCGUCCAUCACUUUCUGAUUUUAACCUGGAGCCUUUGGCAACAUUCCCACCAAAGAUUAUAACAGAUUAUGUUGGUAGCCCUACAACUGACCCUUUGAGGUCUUUUCCUUCUUCAGAGAGGGGAGUUGGUGCUACAUCCUUUCCACUGAGGGGAAUACGUCCACCUACUUCUACUCCUUUUCAACGCCCACAUAGCUGGACAAGUGGCUUUCAUAGACCUCCCCCUUUUAUGGCCAACCAAACUUUUGGUGGAUCUCCUCCUGCCUACCCAACAUCUCCCAUGCCAUAUGAUUUCUCAUAUACUCCAGCAGAUUCUUAUGGUAAUAGAUUACAAAGCUAUAGACCAACAACUCAUUCAAAAAAUACUGGUAUUGAUGAGUAUCAGCUUUCACCUCCGUUCUCGCCAUCUGUGUCUCCUUCCACUCCAACAUACUUCCCCGGUGCUAGUCCUCUGCAAACUCUUUUUACUUCAGAAACUGCCCCUGUAACUAUCCCUCUUCCAUUGACAGGCAGAAGUGCUAAAUACCUUUCUCCAAAUUUUUCUGAUCCAAAUAAAAAUUCACUUCCACCUUUAUCUCCCAAAAGCACAAGAUAUGAUACUUCAUCACAGGAGUCUCCAUCUGGAAUCCGGUCAAUCAGGAAAUCAGAAUCUUUAAGGACCGGAGGCGGAGAGUCAAACCCUGGCUUAGUAAAUCAUUAUUCUGGUCAUAAGAUUCUCAAAGAUAGCAAAGAUGAUUCUGGGCGCUUGUCAGGACUGCUAUCUUCUAGUGGUUCACCACGUAUUGGAAUUUCUAGAAGUUCUAGCAGAUUAUCUUUCCAGGAUGACUUAGAAGAUUGUGACUUCUCAUGUCCUUUUGAUGUUGAUGAUGUUGAUAUUUCAGAUUCACCUAAUAGUCAGAACCUUGAUGGGAAAAAGAAUUUAGAGUCUACUCCACAUUCAUUACUAAUGGGGAAAAAAUCUCAAGAUGCUGCUGUUGGUGUUCUCGUGCGCAUGCUGAGGACAGCGCCUCCUCUACGACAAGAUCCAAGUUGUUAUUCAUCCAAGUCUUUGAGGACUGACGGAGAUGAAGGAAUUGCAACUGCCUCUGAGUUCUUUAUGCCUCGGAAAACAGCAGAUGCAUUAGAAGAGCUUAAGAGUUACAGAGAAAUGAAAGACCUGCUACUCUCUAAGAGUGGAACUCGGCUGAUCAGCAAAGAAGCUUAAUUGCUACUGCUUUCUAUGGGUUCAUCUUUUAUGUUAAGAAAGGCUCGAUAUCCAAGGGAAAAUAUAAAUUGUUCUAAAAUGUACUAUUUACCAUCUGAUUCAACAUUAUAACUUCGUACGCUUUGGUGAAGAUGAGAUUUAACAAGUUAUGUACAUAUCACGAUUGAAGA